GGUGACUGCUGUUUCCAGACGGACAGUACAGACAGUGAUAUCCAAACCUCUGAGAUACACUUUGUGUAACCUUCUUAGAGGAGCAAUAGCCAAAGGGGGUACUUGGACAGUGACAGAAGAAAUAACAUCUUGCUUCUCAGAACACAUACAGAAAACGCUUGUUUGGAUAACUUGAUAUGGCUGGGCAGAGAGAAAUGAGAUAUAGAGUUCAUAGGGGCAUCAUUGAUGAAGAGAGAUUGGAGGAGUUGGCACAGAGGAUUGACUACUCUAACAUUAAUCCUUCCCUGACCGAACGCUUGAAAAACUCUUUUAGAUGCACAACAACCAAACUGAAGAGAACCGUGGUGGGCUGUCUGCCUAUACUUUACUGGCUACCCAGAUACUCUAUCUUUGAUUAUGGCAUGGCUGACCUCAUCUCUGGUAUCAGUGUGGGCAUCAUGCAUCUACCUCAAGGGAUGGCAUAUGCGCUACUGGCCUCCUUGCCCCCAGUGUUUGGACUUUACUCAUCGCUUUAUCCUACUUUGGUCUACUUGUUCUUUGGGACAUCCCGUCAUAACUCAAUUGGCACAUUUACAGUGGUCAGUAUUAUGGUGGGUAGUGUGACAGAGAGAUUAGCUCCAGACAUGAAAUUUUUUAUCACGAAUGGUACCAACAUUACUGCGGAGGUGGACAUCACUGCCCGGGACGCCUAUAGGGUUCAGGUAGCAGCUGCCGUCACUCUCUUGGGAGGACUUAUACAGGUGGUACUGGGUUUAGUGAAGUUUGGCUUUGUGGGGACCUACUUGUCCGAGCCAUUGGUGCGUGCCUACACCACUGCAGCAGCUUUUCAUGCGGUAGUUGCACAAAUUAAGAGCUUAUUUGGGGUGUCAGCGACACGUCACGUAGGGCCCUUCUCACUGAUUUACACUCUGGUGGAUGUGUGUUCCCUGCUACCUCAGACCCACCUUCCCACUCUAUUGGUCAGUGCUGUAUCCAUCGUGUUUCUCAUCGCUGCCAAGGAGCUCCACUCCCUGCUCGGCCCAAGACUUCCUGUACCUAUCCCAGUGGAACUCAUAGCAAUUGUGGCGGCAACGUUGAUAUCAUCCAAUACCAACUUAAAUGGCAACUACACUGUCUCAGUAGUGGGUGAAAUUCCUAGCGGUCUCAGUCCACCAAGCAUACCAGAUUACAACCUUUUUAGAGAGGUUGUUGUGGAUGCUUUUGCCAUGGCGAUGGUGGGAUAUGCCAUCUCCAUCUCACUGGGGAAGACGUUUGCUAUAAAACACGGCUACAAAGUGGACAGCAACCAGGAACUGGUGGCGUUAGGUCUCAGUAAUGCAAUAGGAGCCUUCUUCCAAUGCUUCUCUGUCUCCGCCUCUAUGUCACGCAGUCUCAUCCAGGACAGCACUGGAGGUAAAACACAGAUUGCUGGAUUAGUCUCUUCUGUUAUAGUACUGGUAACCAUAAUGAAACUUGGACCACUCUUCCAGGAACUGCCCAAGGCAACACUUGCAGCUUUAGUCUUAGUAAACCUAAAGAGCAUGUUUAAGCAAUAUUAUGACAUUAUAACUCUCUGGAAGACAAACAAAGUUGAUCUGGUGUUAUGGUUAUUCACCUGGACAGCCACAAUGCUGUUCAAUCUUGACAUGGGCCUUGCUUUUUCCAUUGCCUUUGCUUUACUAACAGUGAUCUUAAGAACCCAACUUCCAAGGUAUUCUGUUCUGGGCCAUGUUCCAGGAACAGAGCUCUACUUGGAUAUGGAGACCAACAGAGAGGUGAGAGAAGUACCAGGAAUCACAAUCUUCCGCUCGUCUGCCACGGUGUACUUUGCCAAUGCUGAACUUUACCUGGAGGCUCUCAAACAAAAGAGUGGACUGGACAUCAGCAAGAUUGUAAUCUACAAGAGGAGACAAGAAGCUAAGCAGAGACGUAGACAGAAGAGAGCUGAGAGAAAAGCUCGACGAGAAGCCAAGAAACAGGUUGAGGCGAUAGCAGCUAAACAGGGUGCUAAAGGGCCAGUGUUUUCAGUGGAGGAAGAGGUGGCUCAAUGGACGGACACAAAUGUGGACGCAGAGUCCCAGCAGCAGUAUCGAGGGCGGGGAAAUGGCACUGUGUUUGUCAUGCCCACUACACCUCUGACACCUGAGAGCCACUGCAGCUGGGAAUACCUCAAAAGCGGGGAUCCAGACACCACAACUCUGGGGUCAGUGUCUGAACUGCAGGAUGGGGACACCACAACUCUGGGCUCCAGUAGUGAGGAUACCCUGAGCCGUGACCUGGAGAGGGUCUCUCUGGGCUCUCUGGGAAAGUGGUCUUGGGAUAUUCACUCCAUUAUACUGGACCUCUCAGCAUCCAACUUCAUAGACACAGUGGCUGUCAAGACCAUGCAAAAUAUAUUCUGUGACUUUGGUGAGAUUAAUGUUGAUGUCUACAUUGCUGGGUGUCAAGCUUCUGUUGUGGAGCAGUUGGAGCAGGGGGGAUUCUUCUCCAAGUCCAUCACCAAAGGACUUCUGUUUGCCACGAUCCACGAUGCAGUAUUGCACUGUUUAGAUCAUCAUGGAGCAUCACCAUUGUCCAGAUACGAGGAUUCAGUGAAUAUGCAGAGCAGCACAAAACUAUGAAGAUUCUGAUCUGCAUGCAAUAUGGAUGUGUGGAAGGACUCAUCUCUUAUCCCACAUCAUUUUGUUAUGGACAAAACUUUUUUUUUCUCAAAAGAUGACAUUGUCACAUGACUAAUGUCUGUUAUUUAUUGUAAAAUAUAUUUUGCAUACUUCGUGUAUGAUGAUUUCACUACUCGGAAAAUGUGAAUUGAGUAGGAGAGUUAUAGUUUCAAGUGAUGACAAUUCUUAGGGCAGGAUCCUAACUAUGUUGAACUACAAAGUAUUUACCCCUUAAUGUAAAAAUGUUUACUUUAGACGGUUGAAGUCAAUGUCAAAAGUACACUGUUAAAAUGUAUACGUAUGAUUGUCACAUUUUCCUUCAUAACUAAAUUUCAAGACAGUCAUUUCUCUGACUAUCAGAAAAUUAAGAAUACUUUAUUUGUAACACAGGAAAGUGAUUCAGUGCAUUUUCAAACAAACAAGGUACACAAUAUACUGGUAAACAAUAAAUAUACUGCACAUUCAAUGCUGGUUAAAGUACAUUACAUAUUGUUAAAAAAUAGGUAAU